AUGGAGGAAUCAGAGAGGCGACCAUGUGGGGGGGGGGGCUCAGUCCCAGGUCGAAAGCGUAUCAACCGGUACCGGCACGAGGGCCAUAUGAGGUUGUUCAACGACUACUUUGCCGAUCCUCCCGUGUACCCCGACUACAUAUUCCGACGCAGGUUCCGGAUGAAACGCAACCUGUUUAUGAAGAUAGUUGCAGCUGUUGAAGAGAAGGACCCCUGGUUCGUGCAGCGGAGAAACGCAGCUGGAGAGCUUGGGCUAUCGGCAUUGCAAAAAGUGACUGCGGCAUUUCGUAUGCUAGCAUACGAUGCGCCGGCUGAUUCUCUCGAUGAGUGCCUUCGUCUUGGUGAGAGCACCAUCAUUGAGAGUAUGCGACGUUUCGUCAAUGCUGUUGUGCAGGCAUUCGGCGAUGAGUACCUUCGUUCUCCUAAUGAGGAGGACACUGCGAGGUUGCUCGCCAUCAACUCGCGCAGAAGCUUCCCCGAUAUGUUAGGAAGCGUUGAUUGUAUGCAUUGGAGGUGGAAGAACUGCCCUACGGCGUGGGCAGGGUCUUACACGGGGCAUGUUAACGCUCCAACUAUCAUUCUUGAGGCGGUAGCAUCGCAGGACCUGUGGAUCUGGCAUGCAUUUUUCGGCAUGCCUGGUUCGCUAAACGACAUCAAUGUCCUCCACCGAUCACAUCUCCUCGAUGACUUAGCCGCCGGACAGGCACCGAAGGCCACGUUUGUGAAACCCAUUCCGUCUCCUGUCGGCCGCAAGCGGCAACACUUUGUCGUGCAACAAGCGGCGGCUCGCAAGGACGUGGAGCGCGCCUUCGGAGUACUUCAGUCGCGGUUUCCCAUUGUUCGAGGGGCAACACGGUUGUGGGACGAGGAAACCUUGUCCGCCAUCAUGACCGCAUGCAUAAUCAUGCACAACAUGAUUAUUGAAGACGAGCGCGAAGACGACGAUGUGGACUAUGUGUACGAGAGAGCAGGUGAAGACGUGCAGGCUUCUCACGACGUGACGCCACCAUUGAUGGUCUUGAGCCAACGGUACAAUGCAAUUCGAUGCAAGCAGAAUUUGACAACACAAUCUGAAAUUUCAGGACACAAUCUGAACUUUGAGACCACAUCUUUGGAAAUUUCAGACCACAGGCUUAAAUGUGACACCACAACGUGA